AUGAUUUAAUCGAAAAUGAUAGAAAAAGAAGAGGAACUUCAAUGCUCUUUAAAGCAUAAACUUCCUGUCCUUAUGAUUGUUUAUGAUGAAAAAUUAAAGAGAAACGAGAGACUUUUAUGCUCUGUAUGCAUGGAAAAUUUUGAUUCAAAAGCUUAGUUAAUGAAUUUUAAUAAAGUCUUAUAGGAUAUAGAGGAAAAUCAAAAAUAAAAGUAAAAAUAUGUUGAGAAUUUGAUAAUGAUCAGUAUUAAACCUAUUGAAGAACUCUAAAGACGUCUCUUUUUAUUAAAAUCUAAUGUAGUAUAAUCAUUAGAUUAAAUUAUUGGAAAUUUAGACGAAUGGAUUAAACAAAUAAUCAUAAUUGGUUAAUAAAAUGUUACAUAUAACUUUUAUAAUGAAUUGGACAAUCUAGUUAACUAAAAAAGAUUUGAAGAAUUGGCUUUGAUAUAAUUAAUUGAUCAAAUUAAUUAAAUUUAAUUAUCAUACAAUCAAAAAAUUGAAAAGAAACUAAAUUUAUUCAAAUCAUUUUCAGAAAGUUAAAAUUGUGAAAACAUAUUACAAUAGUUAAGAAAUGCAAAUGAAACAAAAGAGAAUAGAGGAAAAAAAAUAUUGAUUUAAGUAAAUUAUGAAGUUAUUAUUUAGGGUUAAAAGGAAUUGAUUUAAGUUGGCAAUGAAUAGAAGUAAUUAGAAUAAUAAUUGAUGAAGUAUAAAUAAGUUCAAUUUAAUUUAAUUGAUGAUUCAAAUUAAUAGAAUUUAUAUAGUUAUGCAAUAGUGUUCAAUAAAGAUGAAUCAAUUAUGAUCUCCUGUAAUUAUUGUUAGAUUAAAAUAUGGAAAUUUGAAUAAGGAAGAUUUAAAUUAUCCAAUACUUAUAAUAACCAUAGAAAUCCUGUUAAGUGUUUAAUAUAUAGCAAAUAAACAAAUAACUUUAUUUCUGGUUGCGAGUAUCACUAAAUUAUAUGUUGGAAAUAAAUUAAUCAAAAUGAGUGGAAGUGUUCAUAACCAUUCGAGUAACAUACUGGUAGUGUUUAUUGUUUAUUAUUAAACAAACAAGAAGAUCAACUUAUUUCAGGAGGAGAUGAUAAGAAGAUAAUAGUAUGGAAAGUAGAUUUUAUUAAGAACGAUCUAACUUUUCUGUAUUCCUUAGAUUAACAUACCAAUAGCGUAGAGUCGCUAAGUUUUAAUGAAUCUGAAACUUUAUUGGCAUCAUGUGGUUAUGGAGAACUCAUAAUAUGGGAGAAAGGAUCGUAAGGAAAUUGGGAAUUUAAAUAUAAUUAAGAUGUUGAAGCUGGAUAUAAAAUUCAUUUUAUUAAUCAUUACCAAUUUCUUUGGGUAACUAAAUCAAAUGAUGAUAUUUUGGUAUUUGAAUUAUAGAAUGGAGUUUUUAAAUAGAAUUCAAAUAAAACUAUUUCCUUAAUAAAGAAUAAUGAAUGUUAAGAUAGUAAUUUAUUUCCAAUUAUACAUAAUAAAGAUAGAAAUGUGAUAUUGGUAAGACACAAGCAUCAUAUCUAUUUAAUUAGACAAUUAAAUGAUGGCACAUUUAAUAUUCUUGCAUCAUUAAAUUCUUAAAUUACAGACAUUUAUGGAACUAUCACCAAUAAUGCCUAAUAUUUAGUAUUUUGGGAUAAGAAAUCUUACAAAUAUUCAUCAUAUGAGAUAUAAUAUAUAUGA